AUGGCACUAAUGAAAAACAACGGACCCAUAAUAGACCCAGCUUUGUGCCGUUGCUGUAGAGCUAUAAAAAAAUGUAGAGUUCUCACAGUGGAGUACACCUGGAUGGAGCAGAAAGAGGUUUACGCGGAUAUGAUCAUGGACUGUUUCGGUAUACUCUUAUCCCAUGUAGAUGAAGAUGUUAAAGAUAGUGGUGUUUGUGCUACGUGUGUAGUGAGGUUACGAGAUGCUUGUGCCUUCAGGCAGCAGGUCCUGCAAUGUGAGGAGCUGUUCCUUGGAGCUAAACUAGGGGAUAAGGAUGAAACCAAAAAGUCGUCGGAAAUGGAACUCAAAACUGAACCGAAGGAUGACUGCAGCGACCACAACUCUGUGAAUGAGGAUCCCAACGACAGUAUGUCUUGUGAAAUUGAAGCUGAAGUUAAAGAUGUCAAGCCUAAGAAAGAAGAAGAAUAUAAAACAGAAGAUGGGAAUGAAAUGAAAGAAGAUUUAGAAGAUGUUAUGGAUGAUGAGGAUUAUAAUGAUUAUAUGGAUUCAAGUUCGGACUCGGACAAACCUAUCAAGAGGAAAGCUAAGGUCAAGAAAUUGAAGGGAAAUAGUACAAAGAAGAAGAAAACUUUAAAGACUAAAACUAAAUUGAAACAGAAACCAGGAUCCUCAACAGAGAAGAAAUUAAAGAAACCGCCAGUUGAAAAGAGAAAUACGUAUGAUAGGGAUUUAGAUUGUAUGUCCGAGGAGAAUCUGCUAACAAUCAUACAAUACUCAUAUGUAUGCCCAUUCAAGAAUAGAAGGAAUAACUACUAUUGUUUUUAUUGCAAAGAUUAUUAUCCAAAACCGGAAGAUUUGAGAGAACAUACGAUUUCUCACGACACUAAACCGUUCCAAUUAUUGAUGGGUUACAAGAAAAUGCCAAAAAUCGAUAUAACUAGAAUCGAUUGUAAAUUAUGUCCGAUGAAAAUCGAUGAUUUGGACACAUUCAAACGUCAUAUUGACGAAGUUCAUAAUAAGAAAAUAUAUUUUGAAGCUCCAGACAAGAUGUUGUUGUACAAAUUGACGUGGAACGAUCUAGUUUGUGUCAUGUGCAGUGAUGUGUUCGAAGAUUUUAAUACUUUAAAUACACAUAUGGUCGAACAUUUCAGUAAUUAUACGUGUGACGUGUGCGGCGUAUGUUUUCUCGAGAAACCGCGUUUAGACGCGCAUUUGAAGCGUCAUAAAGACGACGAGCGUCAUACGUGCGAGGUUUGCGGUAAAGUGUUCAAAUCUAAUCACUACAAAGACAUGCAUGUCGAUAUAGUGCAUAAGAAGAAAGCUAUCAUACGUUGUCCGAGAUGCGACGAGUGUUUUAUGUCGUACGCGCUCAAAAACAAGCAUCUAACCGAAGCUCACGGUCAAAAACGAACGUAUCCGUGCAAUUUGUGUGAUAAAGUUUAUAACAGACAGAAAACAUUGACCGAACAUCAACGACGGAAUCACCAGAAAGUUUUAAAACAUCAGUGCGAAUAUUGUGAUCAAAGAUUUUAUUUGCCGUCGCGUCUUAAAGAACAUAUAGCGACUCACACAGGCGAGAGGAACUUUAGGUGCGAAUAUUGUGAUAAAAGCUAUCCUAGACUCAAAUCUUUGCAAUAUCAUAUCAGAACUCAUACGAACGAUAGGAGAUAUAGGUGCCAUAUAUGCGGUCAAGCCUUCAUACAGAAUGCGAGCCUGAAGUCUCAUAUAAAAAGUCAUCACCCAGAAUGUGAUAUUGAAGGAUGUUACUACUAA